CUCUCUCUCUCUCUCUAUCUAAAUUUUUAGGGUCUUUUCUUCCUUCUCGUUUCUUGAUCAGCAUUUCUUUAUAUUAUAUGAUAUAUUUCAUCAGAUCUUUUUGAUGAUGAUGAUGGUGGUGGUGCUGCGUCUCCUCUUCUUCUUCUUCCUGUCUUUGACUUCAAUCCCCACAACACACAAGCGCACGCUCACCCUGCAAUAGUACCACUUCCCCUCUCUCUUUCUCUCUCUUAUUUACUUCAAGAACCUCCGACGGUCUCCUCCCUCCCUCCCCUCUCUCUCUCUCUCUCUCUCUCUCUCCGCCGCUUACCGGGGCACCUCUGCUCCGGCAAUGAGCACGCCGCGCCACCGCCGGCAUCCCUCGACGGCCGCCCUCACGGCCCUCGCCUUCCUGCUGUUCGCCUCCGCGUCCGCCGCCAUCUCCGUCACGCGACAGGCCAUGGCGGCGGCAAGGAUCCCGGGCCGGCGCCGCCGGCGCGCCAGUAACCGCAAGAUCGCCUACAAUUCUUGGCCGCUGGCGGAGCCGCCGUCCCCGAGGCGGCUCCUGGCGGGGCCGGGGUCCUCGCCGCCGACGUGCAGGGGCAAAUGCGGGCGGUGCUUGCCGUGCAAGGCGGAGCACGUGCCGAUCCACCCCGGCCUGAGCCUGCCGCUCGAGUACUACCCCGAGGCCUGGCGCUGCAAGUGCGGGAACAAGCUCUUCAACCCUUGAUCAGUUUCCCAAGAAAAUCAAGAACAAGAAGAAGAAGAAGGAAGAAGAUGACGAAGCCGAUGGUGAUGGUGAUGAUGAUGUUGUGGAAAACAGACGAUGUCGUCUCGAUGUCCUCGUUCUUCUUCUGCUUCGGAUUGCGAUUUGGCGGUCAGUUUCUUUUUGGUCUCUUUUCUUGGGUUUCGCCCGCUUGUGUAUAGGAUGAUGAUUGAUUUUUUUGGGGGAUGGGGAUGAUUAUGAGGAAAGCAAAGCUGGGGGUGUCGUUGGGAUUAUAGCUUAUUUAGCUCUCUCACUCUCAGUCUCAUGUGAAGCGGAGAGAGACUCUCUCAGUCUCUCUCUCAAUCAUAGUUUCUCUCUCUUUUGUUUCCUUUUGUUUCUUUUGUUUUUUUUUUUUUUUUUUUGGGUGGAGGUGGUUCUGACUUUACAUUAAGAUGGGGUGCGAGGUUAUUAUGGGGACAAGAUGGGAAGCACACAGACAUGUAGUUAUAACAUGAGCUUCUCUCUCCCCC